CUGACAUCGGUUUCAGUAGUCCACGGGAUCCUUGAAGUUACGAUCCCGCCUCGAGGAUCCAACCCGAAUUAGAUGAUCUGAAUAACCUCCAGCAAGAUCUGAAAAUUGACGACUGCUGUUUUGAGUUUGAUUUGUUAGUCAUUUUUUCGAUCAUAAACCCUUACCAGGAGCGGUUUCCUAAGAAAUUCUGUUAACGAGCACAUUUUUAAUCUGCUUCUACCAGUAUAAAACUAAAACUUCUUUCAUCCGCGUCCUUCAUUAUAUUUAUACAAGUUUGACGACUAAAAGAUGGCACCUCCAUCUUUUAAGCGACAGAAGAUCGCUCCAAAGCCGUCUGUUCUAUCAGAAGAUAAGGCUGCGGCGGAGCUUGAGAAGACAUCACCUUCGGGAAAAGCGAAGGACGAAGUCGACGCAGUAGCUGAUAUCCAAGAGGGCGAUGAUGUAGAUGACGACAAUGAAGAUGACGACGAGCAGGAGGACAACUCUGAACAAGAGGAUGAUGAGGAUGCGUUAGGAGAUGAAUCGGAUGACGAAACGGAUAGCGAGGUAGAGAUGGAAAGGAAAAGCAAAAAGCCACCACAAGCAGCUGGUGGAGGCCUAAAGGGUCUUGCAACAGCCUUCAAUCGUAUUUUCGGAGAAGACAAAGCAGCUUCCACUGACAAGAAAACAAAGGGCGCUUCAAAGAAGGACAGUGAAAGUUCUGAUGAAGACGACAGCGAAGAUGCGUCAGAUGAUGAGGAGGGUGCCGCGACUAGUGACGCAGAUGACGAAGCAAACGCGAAGAAAAGAAAACAAACUGCGACUACGACAAAGAAAGCUACUGGCUCGUCAACGACGACCAAAAAGGGCGAUGAUGAAGAGAACUCAGACGAAGAUGAUGACCUGGAGGAGCGAAAAAAGACUUCGAAAAAGACGAAACAGCAUAGACCGCUAGCCGAAAUAGAGAAGAAAAUCGAGCAGGAAGCAAUCAAAAGAAAUCAAGAAAAGCGCUUGGCAAGACAGCUGAAAGCCACGGAGAGCCUUCACGCAAGAGGAAUCCAGAAGAAGCCAGACCUUAUCAGGGAACAGGUAAUAUCGAAAAUAGGUGUUUCUCCGACUGCAAUCAUAGAACUCACUUUAAAUUUUUGGAAUCAUUCUUGGAUUCGGUUUUGAUUUGGGAAACGAUCUUUCAGAUGAAAUGAACGUUGGUUUUUCGUUCGCCUAUAAAGUAGAUUCGCUUAUAUGAUUACAAUAUUCUUACUUCGAUCAGACCUUCGAGCGCAGCUUGCGAAGUCUUGCGACGAGAGGCGUCGUAACACUAUUCACGAGUAUGCACCGGUUGCAGAAGAAAGAGGACAUCAUUGUGGGCAACAAAAAGUCAAAAUUCGAGAAGAAACUUGAGUAUAAGAAACUCCGACAACAACGAAUGGAAGAGCGCGCAGACCAAAGACUAUUUAUCGAAGACAAAAAGAAGCCACCAACCACAGAUCAUGGAAGUUGAAAAUUCUUCGGGUUCUGCACUUCUUUUGAAACUGGUAGGAGAAAUUCAUGACGGCCCCUUAUGAUAUUCUGGAAUGUUGUCUGCCUUCUACAGUAUGCAUGAAUUUUAGCAUGUUGAAAAUUGAUGCACCCCAAAAUGAACACAUAGAUUUCUUG